AACAAAUUGAAGGCCCUUUCUUGCAAUAAACAUAAUUUUCCAGAGCCAAUAAAAUUGGUGGAUGCAGUGAAAUAUAGAUAAAAACAGUUGGACUCACACCCAACAACAACAACAACAACAACAACAACAACAACAACAACGUUCAUAAUGGCAUUGUCGUCGGCCAAUGGACAUGUUUCGCUGUCGAUGGCCGGAAGUGUGACGUCGAGUAAGAGGGACUGGAGUGUGGUGAAGUUUUGCAAUGGGGAAUUGAUGGGGCUCAAGUUGAAGAAUUUGUCAUCCAAACAUACUCUUCAUGCUAAUAACAACACUGUUAGAGGACGUGUGUGCAUGUCCGUCACUGCUGAUAAUGCUUCUGAAACUAAGGUUAGGGAAAUUGGACAAGAGAAAACAAACUCACGAACAGUAGCAGCAAUAAUACUGGGAGGAGGUGCAGGAACUCGUCUUUUUCCAUUGACAAAGCGUCGUGCAAAACCAGCUGUUCCAUUAGGAGGAGCAUAUCGACUCAUAGAUGUGCCGAUGAGUAACUGCAUAAACAGCGGCAUCAACAAAGUCUAUAUCUUGACACAGUUCAAUUCCGCCUCUCUCAACAGGCAUCUUGCUCGGGCUUACAACUUUGGCAGUGGUGGCAACUUUGGAGAUGGCUAUGUGGAGGUUCUUGCUGCCACACAAACUCCAGGCGAUGCAGGCAAAAAAUGGUUCCAGGGUACUGCUGAUGCUGUAAGGCAGUUUGGCUGGCUAUUUGAGGAUCAAAGAAGUAAGGAAAUUGAAGAUAUUCUGAUUCUAUCCGGAGACCACUUGUACAGAAUGGAUUACAUGGACUUCCUCCAGAACCAUCGCCAAAGUGGAGCUGACAUCAGUAUUUCUUGCCUGCCCAUGGACGACAGCCGUGCCUCAGAUUUUGGUUUAAUGAAGAUUGAUGACAAGGGGAGGGUUUUGUCCUUUAGUGAGAAACCUAAAGGAGACGAUUUGAAAGCAAUGGCAGUUGACACGACUGUUCUAGGACUGUCAAAAGAAGAAGCUCAGGAGAAACCCUAUAUUGCAUCUAUGGGUGUAUAUAUAUUUAAGAAAGAAAUACUACUUAACUUGUUGAGAUGGCGAUUCCCGACUGCAAAUGACUUUGGAUCAGAAAUAAUCCCAGCAUCUGCUCGGGAAUACUACACCAAGGCUUACCUAUUCAAUGAUUAUUGGGAAGACAUUGGAACUAUCCGAUCCUUCUUUGAGGCAAAUCUCGCCCUAACAGAACAUCCUUCGAAAUUUAGCUUCUACGAUGCAGACAAACCAAUGUACACAUCAAGAAGAAAUUUGCCUCCUAGCAAAAUCGACAAUAGCAAGGUCGUUGACUCAAUCAUAUCCCAUGGGAGCUUCUUGAACAAUUGUUUCAUAGAGCAUAGUGUGGUUGGAAUCCGAUCUCGCGUCAACUCUAACGUCCACUUAAAGGAUACAGUAAUGCUCGGUGCCGAUCUGUAUGAAACAGAUGCUGAAAUUGCAUCACAGUUAGCUGAGGGAGGUGUUCCAAUUGGAAUAGGAGAAAACACAAAAAUCAAGGAUUGCAUUAUCGACAAGAAUGCGAGGAUAGGGAAAAAUGUCAUUAUUUCAAAUUCAGAGGGAGUACAAGAGGCAGACAGGUCAUCCGAAGGGUUCUAUAUUCGUUCUGGCAUCACCGUCAUAUUUAAAAACUCAACCAUCAAAGACGGGGUUGUGAUAUAACAUGUAAUUCUAUCACCAACCCCUUCUCGAAGGAAGAUAUAUGAAGAUGAAGGCCCGGAAAUUAUGUUAGACCAGGGAACAUGAAGGAAUAUUACCUGAUGUGUAUAAUGAGCAUUGUCAUGGAUAAUUCAGAAGUGAAAAGGCUAAAUUGACACUGACAAAUUUUCAAUGAGAAACCAAAGUGCCAAUAUUAAUAGA